UUCUCUGCAACGAUGGGAGCUACGGUGUUUUCCAAGUUGGAUCUGCGGUUCGGAUACUGGCAGAUACGGAUGGCGGACAACUCUAUCCACAAAACUGCUUUCCGAACUCGGUAUGGAUCGUACAAGUAUCUGGUAAUGCCGUUCGGAUUCACCAACGCACCGGCAACAUUCCAAGCCGAAAUGAACCACAUUCUACGACAACUUUUGGAUGAGUGCGUGGUGGUGUACCUGGACGACAUCCUUAUCAACUCGCACGACAUAAAGCAGCACGUCGAACACCUGCGACGCGUCUUCAAAAUUCUUCGACGAGAACGAUUCUACGUCAAACUGUCCAAGAGCGAAUUCGCCCUUGAGAAAUUCCAAUUCCUAGGACACAUGGUGAGCGCUCAAGGAGUUCACGUCGACCCCAAGAAAAUCGAAGCCGUACGUACGUGGAAGACACCCGAGAACGUGAAGGAGAUGCAGCAGUUCCUAGGCUUCGCUAAUUAUUACAACCGGUUCGUGCCACAGUAUGCGAAAAUCACAGCUCCACUCACGAAUCUCCUGAAGAAGAACACGCCCUAUAAAUGGGAGCCGAAGCACCAGGAAGCCAUGGAGCAGCUGAACAAGCACUCACGUCCGCACCAGUACUCAUCUUGCCAGACCCCAAACGCGACUACGUCAUCGAAGCUGACGCCAGCGACUAGGCAGUGGGAGCAGUCUUGAUGCUACCAGGGGAAUGGACUUCAGCCA